AUGGCUCAGGCUGUCCCCGGCGUCAACCAACACUCCCUUGGAAACAAGGCUGCUAAAAUGGUGUCGUUCCUGCUACCUCGCUCAUCGUUAGACAAGAGUGGCUCUUACAUCGACUCGAUUGUAGAACGAGAUUCACUCAGCGACAGCGAGAGUAGCGACUCGUCGACGCUGCUGGAGUUCGACAUGAUCGAGAAGGGUCACGAUGCCAGGUCGACCUCCUUGUUUCCGCAUAAAGCACCCUCGCAAAGGAAGUCCGGGGUACAGCAGUUGGUCGAUGCGAUGUGGAUGGGUCUCAACAUCUUCAGCACUGUGAUCAUUGUCUUCCUCAACAAAAUCGUCUUCUCCGACCCUCAACUUCGACACUGCCAGAUCUCGGUGGCGAUAUGGCACUUCACGGCGACGACGAUAGUCUUGUACCUGUCGACGCGCCGGCCCUGCAAUGCCUUUGAGGCGGUCCGCAUCCCCGUCCUCCAGGUCCUUCCUAUAUGCAUCUUCUUCGCCGGGUUCUUGCUGCUGGGCAACCUGUCGUUGGCGCUCAACGACGUCGACUUCUACCAACUGGCCAAGAUCAUGACGGCGCCGACCGUGGUGGCGCUGAACUUUGUCCUGUUCCGCAAGUACAUCUCGUCGUCGGCCCUCAUCGCCGUCCUCGUCACGUGCGCCGGCGUCGGCCUCGUCACCGCCGGGAGCUUCAAGACGAACCUGCUGGGCACGUUCGUCGCCACGGCCGCCUUCACCGUCACCGCACUGUACCAGGUGUGGAUCGGCAAGAAGAUCGAGGAUCUCAAGGUCUCGCCGCCCCAGCUGUUGCUCAACCAGGCUCCCGCGUCCGUCGUGCUGCUGCUGACCAUCGUCCCCUUCGUCGACACGCGGCCCGAUCUCAGCACCAUCCCGUCCAACGUGCUCUACGCGCUCUUCAUGUCGGGCAUCAUUGCGAGUCUGCUCAACCUGUCCCAGUUCUUCAUCAUCGGACGCACCUCGCCCUUGACCUUCAACGUCGUUUCCCAGGUCAAGACCAUCCUCAUCCUCGGCCUCAGCUGGCUGUCGACAGGUAAACAGCUGACCUUUGUCGAGAUCGUCGGCGUCGCCUUCGCCCUGGGAGGAGCAUAUGCUUAUGCUCAAAUUUCGAGGCGGUGA